AUGAGUGGCCUUGGUGCUCUCGGUGUGGGCGACGGCACCAUGCCUGACGUCCCAAUGCUCGACACUCCCGACUACACAGACUCGGAAUCCAAUCCCACAGGCGCCAAUAGUGUAGCUGGCGACCGGGCAGAUGGACGUACAAGGCGAUGGGAGGGCAACGCGUUGCGGAAGAGCAUGUUCGGCAAGAAGCAUGACCGUUUAGGCGAUACCAAGGACGACGACACAAUCCGCCGCUUUCGCUACCUAUUAGGCUUGACAGAUCUUUUCCGUCACUUCAUCGACACGAAUCCGGACCCGAAGAUCAGACAAGUCAUGGCUGAGAUCGAUCGCCAAGACCAGCAUGAUGAGGAGGUCAAGGCUGCUGGAAACAAACGCAAGGGAGGUGCGGCUGGCGAGAGGAGAAGACGGACGGAGAAGGAAGAGGAUGCUGAGUUGCUGCGCCAAGGCAAGCAGGUCGGCAAGGAAGAGGGCGUCAUAUUUCGCGAGAGUCCGUCAUACAUUCAGGGUGGCGAGAUGAGGGAUUACCAGGUCGCUGGGCUCAACUGGCUGAUCAGCCUGCACGAGAACGGUAUCUCUGGUAUUCUUGCGGAUGAGAUGGGUCUGGGCAAGACCCUGCAGACAAUCUCCUUCCUCGGCUAUCUACGCUUCGUGCACGGUAUCAAUGGUCCGCAUCUCAUUGCAGUGCCGAAAUCGACCCUGGACAACUGGUCAAGAGAAUGCGCCAUGUGGAUUCCUGAGAUCAAUGUUCUCGUGUUGCAAGGCGCGAAAGAUGAGCGCCACGACCUCAUCCAGGAUCGUCUGCUUGACGAGAAGUUCGAUGUCUGCAUCACAUCCUACGAGAUGAUCCUACGCGAGAAGAGCCACCUGAAGAAGUUCGCAUGGGAGUACAUCAUCAUUGACGAGGCUCAUCGUAUCAAGAACGAGGAGUCUUCGCUUGCACAGAUCAUUCGUAUCUUCAACUCACGAAACCGACUCCUGAUUACCGGCACACCUCUUCAGAACAACCUGCACGAACUGUGGGCUCUGCUCAACUUCCUCCUCCCAGAUGUCUUCGGUGACUCCUCAGCCUUCGACCAAUGGUUCAGCGGCCAAAACGACGAUCAAGAUGCGGUGGUGCAGCAGCUGCAUCGUGUCUUGCGACCUUUCGUGCUGCGCCGUGUCAAGAGCGAUGUGGAGAAGAGCUUGCUACCGAAGAAAGAAGUUAAUCUAUACGUGGGCAUGAGCGAGAUGCAGAUCAAGUGGUACAAAAGCAUUUUGGAGAAGGACAUUGACGCCGUCAACGGUGCUGGCGGCAAGAAGGAGAGCAAGACUCGUCUCUUGAACAUCGUGAUGCAGCUUCGCAAAUGCUGUAACCACCCAUACUUGUUCGAUGGCGCAGAGCCUGGUCCUCCAUACACCACUGAUGAGCAUCUAGUCGACAAUGCCGCGAAGAUGGUCAUGCUCGACAAGUUGUUGAAGAGGGUGCAGGCAAAAGGUAGCCGAGUGCUCAUCUUCUCGCAAAUGUCUCGCGUACUGGAUAUACUGGAAGACUACUCCGUCAUGCGCGGUUACAAGUACUGCCGUAUCGAUGGCUCGACCGCACACGAGGACCGUAUUGCAGCAAUUGACGAGUAUAACAAGCCGGAGUCCGAGAAGUUCCUCUUCCUUCUCACAACUCGUGCUGGUGGGCUCGGCAUCAACCUGACUACGGCUGAUAUUGUCGUGCUCUUCGACUCUGAUUGGAAUCCUCAGGCUGAUUUGCAGGCCAUGGACCGUGCUCAUCGUAUUGGUCAGACCAAGCAGGUCUACGUCUACCGCUUCGUUACCGAGAACGCUAUCGAGGAGAAGGUGCUCGAGCGUGCUGCGCAGAAGCUUCGGCUCGAUGCACUCGUCAUUCAGCAAGGUCGUGCUCAGCAGCAAGCUAAGCAGGCUGCAUCGAAGGACGAGCUGCUAGGCAUGAUUCAGCACGGUGCCGAGACCAUCUUCGCGGACACGGAGGGCUAUGGCGCUUUUGGUAAGAAGGGCACGGAUGCUGAGAAUGAGCUCGACGAGCUGCUUCGUCGCGGUGAGGAGCGUACGAAGCAGAUCAACGCGAAGUACGAGAAGCUCGGUCUCGACGAUGUUCAGAAAUUCAACUCGGAGGCGGGCGCUGCAUACGAGUGGAACGGUGAGAGCUUCAUCAAUCGCAAGAAGGAGAUCGGCUUGAGUUGGAUCAACCCGUCCAAGCGUGAGCGCAAGGAGCAGAGCUACAGCAUGGACAAGUAUUAUCGCAACGCACUCAUGACUGGUGGACCGAAAGCCGAUCCCAAGCCGAGAGUGCCUCGCGCUCCCAGACAGCAAGCUAUGCACGACUACCAAUUCUUCGACCCUCGCCUCGGUGACCUCCAAGACAAGGAGACUGCCUGGUUCCGCAAGGAGAACAACAUCAAGGCACCACUUCCCGAAGGCGAAGAAGACACACUCGAGUCGCGCACAGAAGACCAACAGAUCGAGCAGCGCAUGAUUGACGAAGCUGAGACUCUGACUGAGCAGGAGAUCCAGGAGAAGGAUUAUCUUGCCGAGCAAGGCUUCGGCGACUGGAACAAACGCGAUUUCCAGCAAUUCGUCAACGGCUCUGCGAAAUGGGGUCGCAAGGACUUUGAGAAGAUUGCCUCAGAAGUCGAUAGCAAAGACAUGCGCGAGGUGAAGGAGUAUGCCGCUGUGUUCUGGAAGAGGUACAAGGAGAUUCAGAAUUGGGAGAAGCAUUAUAGCGCCGUCAAGGAGGGUGAGGCGAGGAGUGCGCGUGUGAUUGAGCAGAGGGAUAUGCUGAAGAAGAAGUUGAAGAUGUACCGCGUCCCGCUCCAGCAGCUCAAGCUGAGUUAUACGGUCUCGACGACGAAUAAGAAGGUGUAUACUGAGGAGGAAGACCGGUUCUUGCUUGUCAUGCUGGACAAGUAUGGACUUGAUUCGGAAGGGCUGUAUGAGAAGUUGAGGGAUGAGAUUCGCGAGAGCCCGCUUUUUAGGUUCGAUUGGUUCUUCCUCAGCCGUACGCCGCAGGAGUUGAGCAGGAGGUGUGCGACGCUCGUUACUACCGUCACGCGCGAGAUGGAGGGUGGUGGGUCUGCGAAUGGGAAGGAGAAUAAGAGGGUUGUGGAUGAGGUUGAAGAUGAAGAGGAGGAGGAGAAGCCUUCUGUGAAGAAAGGCAGGGUCAGUGGUGGAGCUGUCAAGAACAAGGCUGUGAACGGUGUCAAGGGAACACCUAACGGUACGUCUCGUGCUGCGAGCGAAGAUACUGUUGCUUCUGGUGGCGCGAGCAAGAAGAGCAAGGCGAGGAAGCGAUAG